GUGUGAUGUCACGCUCUCUAAAUCUGUGUUUCUAUCCUGACAAAAGAAUCCAAUAAAUCUCUUCUCAAGAAGGUGAGAGAAAUGAAGAACAGUUUACUCAUUGAUCAAGCAGAAGGUUAUCAGCUUUAGGUGGUGUAAAAAUGGCUAACAAACAAGAAGGAAAGUCGCUCACAAGCCGUAGGACUCAUGACACCUCAGAGGUCCAGAGCACUAGGGUGUUGCUGCAGGUCAGUACGGCUUCCAGCAGGAUUUUCAAAGAUGAGAGGAACGAACGCAACAGAUCGCUUCAGGAGCAGCUUAUGGAAAAAGAUCAGUGCAUCACUAAGCUGCAAGAUGCACUUCAAAAGGAAAGGGAGAAGAACUCCAGGUUGCAGUCUCGUUAUACGCAGCAGGCAGCUGAAUUAAAGCGCAGGGAGCAGCUGGUGAACAGGAUGAGGGAGAAGCUCUCGCAGUUCACAGACCGACACAGAGACCGGGGCGUGUGUAAGACACAGUCUAUAGAGAUCAUGAACACUCUUCCUAAGCAAUCGGGACAGAGGGAUGCGAUGUCCCAGAGCGCACGGCAUGAUGGGAGGAAAGAUGAGGCUCUGAGGUUGAUGCUGGAGAGGAGAGAGGCUGAGCUCAGGGAGGCCAUGAAGCUGCGUCACAGCCUCACCACACUACUGCACGCGCUCAAAAGUGACAUGCAGCAGACUUUAAAGGAGAUGGGAAAGACUGUGGAGGAGGUGGAAAGGGAGGAGAAGACAAGUGACACGAGCAGGCUGGUGAAAUCAGAGCAGUCACUUGGUGAUCAUGUGACGGGGGGCGUGUUUCUGGAGUGGACACGAGUCCAGCAGAGGCUGAUGGAGCUGCAGGCGCAAAGCCCAGCCACAGUCCGAACAGACCAGGAGAAGCUUCAGGCUCAGCUUGAAGAAGAGCUGGAGCAGAGCAGAGAGCUGGUCAGAAUACAACAGCAGCUACUGCAGGACAGUGUGGUGUCUCCACUCCCUGACCCCCUGAUAGACUCCUACUAUCUGGAAGAGUGGGAGCGACUUCAGGACAAGUGGGCGGAGUUUAACCGGCAGAGGCGGAGCUUCCAGCAGGAGAGGCAAGCCUUCACAGAUGCGGCGAUCCGAUUGGGCCAUGAGAGAUGCGAGUUUGACCAGCAGAAGGCCUCAUUGUUGAAACAGCAGUUCCUCAGCACAUCUCCAGUGAUGAAGACUUUACACUCUAACCGGAGAGAGAGCACGGCACUGAGUGACUUGACCUCCUUCUUAAUCGUUGGACACUUUAAAUCACCGGCACUCGCGGAGCUGUUUCAGUUUGAGUGCAUCCCUGACCAAAGUAAACGCGAAUGCGAUCAUCCGUGAUUCUGCAAUGAUGCGGCCGCAGGAGAGCCUCCAGAAUACACACAAUACUGACAAUGUUUCUGUGGAGAUCACGAAAAAACAAGAAAGAGAGAAAUAUUAUAAUGCAGGGCCUCUUAGGACUUAGGUUUUAAUCAAGAAGGAUCCAACCUAGAUAUCGAUAUCAGUCAAAUCCACUAUCGGACCACCUCUCUCACACACACACACACACACACACACACACACACACACACACACACACGCACUAUUU